AACCUUUGAAUAACGUAACAAAAAGUCAGUAAUAAAAUCAUAAUUUAUUUCAAAACAAGUAUUGCCUUACAUGAUCUCUAAAAACUAUUCUCAAACCAGUUUUUUUAGCUUGCUACUUGAAGAUUUAAUUUUCAAAAAUGAAGUUAGAGGACACGCCCCUUUUGAAGUUCCGGUCAGAUACAGUAGUGGAAGUGAGGAAAGAACUUAAUUUGGAUCAAGAUGCUAUUGAUAAGAUGCUGCAGACUUUUGAAGACUGGAUUGCGAAGCAAAAUCAUUUUACUAGGAAGGAAUUUGACAGACAUUUCUUGGAAACAUCCAUAGUGCACGCGAAAGGGUCUCUAGAGAAAGCGAAACGCACUCUAGACAAACUAUGUACUCUGAAGACAUUGCUGCCAACGUAUUUCAGCAAAUGUGACGUUAAAAAUGAAUUCACUGACAUUUCUGUAUGUUUCGUACACGGUACAAUGCCAGACCUGACGAAAAGUAACUACCGGGUGUAUAUUGCCAAAAUAGUUUCAACCAACAUUGAUUCAGAAUUAUUACUAGACUAUAGUAGAUUUGUUGUACUGAUGAGUGAAUACGCGAAAAUAUAUGACUAUUCAUUCGGCUACACGUGUGUUGUGGAUUGUAGAGAUGUGAACAUACUAGGCUUUGUUACUAAAGUCAACGUUAUUGACCUUCGCAAUGCCUUAUCUGUGAUGAUGGAAGGUUACGGGUUAAGAAUAAACGCGAUCUACGUAGUUUCAACAUCAAAAGCAAUUGACGCGUUUGUGACUCUACUGAAACAAGUUGUCAGUCACAAAGUGUCAGACAGGAUCUAUGUGCUCAAAACUGUUGAAGCUAUACAUGAGCAUGUGCCUAAAGAGGUGCUGCCGAAGGACUAUGGUGGGGAUCAGAUGACGCUAAAGGAAACUAAUGAAAACUGGAAUAGAGUUCUAAGCGAGAAGGAGAACGUGUCGUACUUCAGGAGUAUGUUCGCAGCGAGAACUAACGAGAACUAUCGACUGACUGCCGCUUACAACGACGAAGUGCUGGGCAUGCCGGGCUCUUUUAGGACUCUGAAUGUAGAUUAGAAUUAUUAUUGUUUGUAGUUUAAUUGGAA